AUGCUGAAGAAGCUGUCGCCGACCGUGCGGGCAUGGCUGCCAACCGUGCUGGUGGCCCUAGUUUCCAUGGCGGGCGUCUUCAUCGUCGCUCAAAACAACCUCGACUACGAGCUCUACAGCCCCGGACCACAAGUCAGGCGCUGGCACUCCGAUUUCAACCUUGACUUGAGCAACCUGGACUUUGAUUCGCUGAAGGGCUAUGCCCAGGAUGUGGGCGUGAAGCGCGUCGCCCCCGUCAUCAUCGUUGGCGUGCUUUGCUUCAUUGGCCUGCUCAUCUGGACCUGCUGCCGCUGCUGCGGCAAGUGCCGCCUCACGGACGCCUCCACUUGCUGCAAGACCGUGCUCAUGCUGCUCCUGCUCGGCACCCUCAUCGCCGGCAUCGCCAUGAUCAGCGUCGGCUUUGAUGCAGAUCGCCAGCAGUCCGACGCCAUGGAGGCUGUCCCCGGCGUCGUCGACAACGUCGUGCAGUUCCUCCAAGACACAAGCGACUAUGUUGUGGAGCUCGGUGCCGUUGCCGACGACCUCGCCGCCAACACCGUCGCGCUGCUUGAGGCAGACAACGGGACGGGCGUGAUUACGCAGUCGACGGUGCAGGACCUGAACGACGCCGUUGAUCUGAUUGAGACACUGGCGGACAGCAUCGACACGGAGGUCAGCGACAUCGACCUCACCCAGCUCGAGGACUUCUCAGAUAACGUUGACAAGUACAACGAGCAGCGCCAUCUUGGUCUCGUCAUUGUCCUCGCCGUGCUCCUCUCCCUCGUCCUUCUCGAAGGUCUGUUUGCGCUGCUGAAUGCGUAUGCGGGCGACGACUACAAGCCAAAGAAGAACUGCAUGCGCUACUUCACCCCCGUCAUCGGCAUUCUCGCCAUGAUUGUUCUCCUCGUCCUCUGGAUCUUGUCUGGUGCGCUGGUGGGCAUCAUGACGGCGUCGUCGGACGUGUGCUACGACCCCAACACGCAGUUCACGAACCUGCUGGAGGAUACGUCCAACAGCCAGGACGUCAACGACCUCAUCUCCUUCUUCAUCAACUGUGGACAGGAUCCCACCCUCCCAAACCCACUCCAGAGCGACAUCAACGGUAUUCUGUCAUCGCUGAACGAUUCGCAGGUGUACGUGCUUGACCUGCGCCAGGAGGUGCGCGACGAGCCAAACUGCGACACGCCGCAGUACAACAGCACGUGCGAGGCCAUCGCGGCCGCCCUUGCCAACACAACGCGUAUCCUAGAUGACCUUGAGGAAGUGCUCGGCGCAAACACAAUCGACUCGACCGGCAACGCACGUGAUGGCUUCCUCUCCCUCGCCGGCUGCUACGGCCUCAACGAACGGUACAACCUUGUGCUGCGGACGUUCUGCGGCGAUGCGGUGGAGGCGCUCGGGAAGUCAACAGAGGUCGUGCUUGGCUUUGCCGUCAUCUACGUCUUCACACAAGCGGACACCGGUCUCGAUGAAGAUGAUGACACGUCCAAGGUCCUGUAG